AUGUCCGGCGAAAUCAGAAGGAAACUCGUUAUUGUCGGCGAUGGUGCGUGCGGCAAGACCUGUCUUCUCAUAGUGUUCUCUAAGGGUCUCUUCCCUGAGGUCUAUGUCCCCACCGUUUUCGAAAACUACGUCGCCGACGUCGAGGUCGACGGCAAGAAGGUGGAACUAGCGCUUUGGGAUACCGCUGGUCAGGAGGACUACGAUCGUCUCCGUCCCCUUUCCUACCCCGACUCGCACGUCAUCCUGAUCUGCUUUGCCGUCGACUCGCCCGACUCGCUUGAUAACGUCCAAGAAAAGUGGAUCUCUGAGGUGCUUCACUUUUGCCAGGGUCUCCCCAUCAUUCUCGUCGGCUGCAAGAAGGAUCUGAGGGAGGACCCCAAGACCAAGCAGGACUUGGAGCGAAUGAACCAGCGACCGGUGCAGCGCGCGGAGGGUCUCGCAACCGCGCAAAAGAUCGGCGCGAACGGCUAUGUUGAGUGCAGUGCGAAGACUGGCGAGGGUGUCAGGGAGGUGUUCCAGACUGCGACGAGGCAUGCUCUCUCGAGCAAGAAGUCUGGCAGGUCCGGCAAGAGCAAGAAGGGGUGCAUCGUCCUCUAG